GUCAACUGAACAGACACCGCCUCUCGAGACGGUCGGCAGGCGGCUUCUAAGGUACUCUAAAUAUCCAGAUAUACCCUGGAACAGCAAGCUGCCUGUCUUUGCCCGUUGCCCUAGACUUCACACCCGACGCGUGUCUGUUGCAACUCGCAUCCUCGUAUCCGCGCGUUGACGUGCUCCAGUCGUUAGACAUACCGAUCUCUACCUCACAUCAUUCUCGUUGACCCUCACUGCCGGCAUCCACCUGCUGUUCCAGCACGGCCAUGCGUAGGUCGCCCCAUGCCCCGGCCUCCUCCGAGUACUUAAUCGCGGAGAACACAACACGGAUUUCCGACGAUUAUAUUCAAGUCUCGCUGAAAGUGGCGAUGUCGAACCCGGGAGACGACCACUUCUCCUUCGGCUGCUUCUCGAGAACGCCGCGGCCUAGCACACCUAGCGGAGGGGCCAAUGCUCAGCGUCGAGGACGCUUCCCUGGUGGGCGAAGUGUACUACCUCCUCUUCAUCUACCGUUUCGAGCCUCACGUUCUCCAGUUCCUGACCCUUCAUUUCAAUUUGCACAGCAAGAUCAGACUCGCAAUGAUUAUGGCGUACCAGCCUAUGGCCAGCAGGGCUGGUCAAUCAACCCACAAGCAGGAUAUCAACAGCAAACACAGUACCCACCUAAUGACCCUAGAUACUCCGCCCAGUUCGCUCCUUACCCUGGUCGUCCAUCAUCGUCCAUGCUCCCAGAACAACAUGACUCGCGUACACUCCCUCCGCUGAAUAUGCAACCUGGGCAGCCUCAUCCUGGGUAUGCGUCUUACCCCGAAGGGCAUCAGCCUCCGAGUCACGGUUCGUUCUAUGCACCCCAGCCCCCCGAUCCGCGCAAUCUCCCCCCUCCAAUCCCAUCGACAAUGGGCUAUGACCCUGCGGCUGGCAUGUUGCCUCGACGCUCAUCGAUGUCCGUCGACCGUACCGCAUCGACACGGCUCUCCGUUCACGGUACAUCACCGUAUCCGCGAAUCCCCCGAUGGGAGGUCCCGUCUCAUAUACUCCUGAGCCCCCGGCCCAGGAGCCAGCUAUCAAGAAGAAGCGCAAACGGGCCGAUGCAGAACAGCUCAAGGUCCUCAACGAGACGUAAACCGUACGGCAUUCCCGUCGACAGAGGAGAGGGCCGAGCUGGCCAAGAGGUUGAACAUGUCUGCCCGGAGUGUGCAGAUAUGGUUCCAGAACAAACGCCAGGCAAUGCGGCAGAGCUCCCGUCAAGCCGCCGCAGCCGGAGCACCAACGACGAGCGAGCCUUACCCUACGUCGUCGCACGCCCCUAGCGUCUCGUCCCCCGGAUCAUAUGGGGCGCAUCCUUCUGUACAGCCAUACGGAGGGGCGCGUCCUGGAGAGCUACCGCACCCGACGGUUGCUCGUUGAUCCCUUCCCCCACGCCAUCCAUGCAUCAUCGAGACGA